GUGAGGGUGUGGUAUAAAAGCGACGCGGGGAAAAGGCGAUGAUGGGCGUUGAUGGCGUGAUCAACUGGAGGAGGGGAAAAUCAAUCAUUCCGUAAAUUUUGGAACUGAAAAGGAAAUCUAUACAUAAUGGUUAUUCUUGUGCUUAUUCUGGUGCAAGGCUAAGUGAACUUUGGGAUUUGUGUUGGUAUUAUUGUGGUGUUGUGGUGCUCGGAGGAGAGGAACGAUGUUACAUGUUACUACGAAUUGGCGGUUGAGAAGCUCUUGCGAUGGAAAAUUAUAUUAUAUUCCUGCUAUAUGAAGCACAAGAAAGUUACCGGAACCUCUUUAACAGAAGAUGUGAACCCUUCGGACUACAUAGUAAUACACGUAAGAAAGUAAUGGUGUUCUCGACUCUACAUGAUCGUCACGUGUCCACGGACCAUCUAUAUCUGUAUAUUUAAUAUGAUCACCAUCGCAGCUCAGCCAAAUUCAAGAAUCUUCAGGUACUAUUUGCAUUUCUUUCAGCAAACAACCAAUCCGGUGCCUUCCUUUGCUCCAACUGAAUCAGAUCAUGGGGCUCUCUGGUAUUCGCCACCAAUGGAUUUGGAUACUUUUUUGACUGGCGGUCAGGCAGACAAAACAACGAAGGAAGUUAGGCUUCCACUUUUUUUGGUCUAUAUAUACAAGAAUAACUUUUCCCUCGUUUCUCACUUGAAGCGUUUUCUCUACAAGAAACUACGACGAAUCAUUUCAAAAGACUUGAUUUGUCCGGAAUCCUGCAAAGGUACGCCGUAUGCUGCACAGUUGUCACAUUGCCAUGUCACAGAACGCAAAAAUGGCCCUCUUGUCAGCUUAACGGGUUUUGAAAGGAAACCUGUCCUCGAAUAUUUCCAUAUAAAUAUCCUUGUUGAUAUUUGAUAGCUGACUGACUGUCAAACAGCUUUUCAAACCUUGCAUCAUUGCACGCUCUUACCCUAUUUAAGGAAAAAAGGCCCUCCAUAUUCUA